GCUUGCUUUAAAGUUAAAAUCUUAAAAAAGUGGGGAGAACAGAAAGUAACAGCGACGCUCCAAUAGCAACAGCGGCGACAAACUCUUCUUCGCCCUCAAAUCUAAAUCAUUGACGCGUGCGAGGCGGAAAAUCGAAAUUCCAUUUGGGGGCGAAUUUCCCUCCAUUUUCAAACCCAAACUCUAUUUCGCAGCAACAGCGGUUCGAAUUGAAAAUUUUCUGCUUCCCUCUCGGCUCUCUCUUCUUCAGCUCCCUCCCAAAUUAUAAUACUAAACCCUAAUUUUCGAAUCCCCAAUUCUCCUGCCUUUUCAGUUUUCCCUCCACUUGGGUUUUCCCCCAAAAACCGCACCUUCAAAACCCUCAUUUUCGAUUCCCCAAUUCUGUGUCUCUCUCGCCUUGAUCUGCAUCGCAAUCAAUGGACGCUUGCCUCGCGGAACAAGAAUUUGAUCCUCCACCUUCCGAUUCAAAUCAAGCCCUAGACGAGUCUUCGCGCAAUUUAUGCCCGACGCAAACCCUCGUCGAUCUGCUCGACUCUGCGGCGCAUCCGUCCGAGUUGAAUCGCGAUCGCUCGUCGAAUUUCGAUUCGGUCUCGACUUGCUGCGACGGAACUGUUGAUGGUCAAUCCGAUUUCGCUUUGUACCUCAGCGCUGACUCUUCGCAUUCUUCGGCGGUGAAGAAUGUUCCGUCCAACUCCUUUUCUCAUUGGUCGUCGACGCCCUGGGACUCCCGCCGUCGCGCCGUGGCGUCGGGUUGGCGUGAUUGGCGUUUGACAUCUGACAACAAGCCUUCUGCCUCGGAGUGGGGUUGCUCUGAGACAUGGUUUUCAGGUUCAGAUGCUAAGUCCUCCGAAUUAGGUUGUUUCUAUGAAGCCAAUCUGCCUAUGGUGGGUGCAGGGCUUGCAAAUUUGGGCAACACAUGCUUUCUGAAUGCAGUCUUACAAUGUUUUACGCACACGGUGCCCCUUGUCCGGGGUCUUAGGUUGUACAGUCAUCCAAAACCUUGUGAACGGGACAGUAGAGGGUUCUGUGUUGUCUGUGCUCUUCACGACCUCUUUGAACUGCUGCUAGCUUCUACAGGCAGGGUUGUCUCCCCGGGGAAGCUUGUUGACAAUUUAAGCUAUAUAUCAUGUAAUUUCCAGAGAUCCCAGCAAGAAGAUGCUCAUGAAUUCCUGCAAUGCUUGUUAGAUAGACUUGAGACCUGUUGUACUUGUUCUAUGAUGAAGGAUGCUGCUUUGCCUUUAGCAGAUGAGAACUUGGUCAAGCAGGUUUUUGGUGGUCGUCUACUUAGCAAACUCCAAUGCUGCAACUGUGGUUAUUGUUCCGAGACAUAUGAGCCAUUGAUUGACCUGAGUUUGGAGAUUGAGGAUGCUGAUACUCUUCCCAGUGCUCUGGAAUCUUUCACCAAGGUGGAAAAGAUUGCAGAUCAAGAUAUAAAGUUUACUUGUGAAAAGUGCAAACAAGAAGUGUCAGUGGAGAAACAGCUUUUAUUGGACCAGGUUCCUUCAGUUGCUAUGUUCCACUUGAAGAGAUUUAAGAACAAUGGCUCUUAUGUUGAGAAAAUUGACAAGCAUGUGGAGUUCCCACUGGAGCUAGACUUACUUCCUUACUACACUGGUGGCGAUCAGAAUAAUAAUGUGGAAUUGAAGUAUGAUCUUUAUGCAAUUAUUGUGCACAUUGGAUUUUCAUCCACAUCGGGUCAUUACUAUUGCUUAAUUCGUUGUGGUCCUGAUGCAUGGUACCGGUUGGACGAUUCCAAGGUUACCAGAGUUGCAGAGGAAUUUGCACUUUCUCAGGAAGCCUACAUUCUGUUCUACGCAAAGCAGGGCACACCAUGGUUUUCAAGUUUUAUAGAAACAGAAAAGUCAUCCUUUAGUUCAUAUUUUUCCAACAAUUCACCCAAGUCAGUUUUAGACAGCAUGGAUCACAUCUGUAUGUCAUCACCUGCCAUGCAUUACAAUCAUUCUUCUGGCCUCAUUGAGGCCAGAGAGGAUACAACUGGAAAUUCUCCCCCGUCUCAUAAUGAAUGGAGACAUGAUCGUGUUGAAGGUAAUGAGGGUAAAGAUGAUUCUCCCAGUGUAGUUGUCCCACAGCCAGAGGGCCUGAAUAAUUUUUCCAGUGGAAUGUCAUGCAAUGUUGAAAGAAGGGUCUCUCCUGAUCUUAGAGAUGGUAACCCGGAGGCCAGCAAAGUUAAAAGCAGUACCAAUAUCAGUCCAACUCCCCCAAGGUCUCCUAGUCCGGACAUAUAUGCAGAUGAGCGUCCAGUAGAGGCUUAUUCUGUCCCGAGGAGUCUUCGGAUAUCUGAGAAACAGGUUCCUUGUAAAAGACAACUGAACAAGGAUCUGGAUGAUCCAGAGAGAAAGCAGGCUGUUAAACUAUUGAAAGCCAUGCCUGGCGGCAGAAGCUCAAAAUUAUUGGCCGCCAUGAACAGGUCCAAUGGUGAAGGCCAUCCAAACAGUAAGAGGAGCAGGAGAACUGAUUUGACGUCAAACAGAAACGGACCUUCAAGUACUGGACAUAAGCCGAACCUUCGCUCUUCGGUGCGUCCUGUGGCUGCAGGAGGUUUACGCUAAGCAGUUACGAUUCAUUUUGGUGAACAUACUUUCUAUUUAUUUUGCUUAGGAUAGAUGUUUACUGAUAGGGAACUUCCUAUACUUGCAAACGGACGGAUAUUUGACCCUUGAAACUGCAUCUAGCCUGCUCUUCUCAUUGCGGGAAUAUGACACUAUGUCACGGAUUAUUUAUUAGUUUUGCCCCCUUUGUAUAUUUUUCCGCUGUAAAGUUCUACAGACUUCCGUUUAAGGUUAGUCUAGUCAAAAUAUUUUAGUACAUAGAAAUAUGCUUAGAUUAUAUAAUUUCCCACUAUUUGCCUGACGCAUUGGCUGUAUGAAUGAAUUUGGUGGGGGGGGGGAUUGAUAUUGAAGGAGGUGUGGCACUGUCUAUUAGAAUCGCUCUCACAACGAUUCAGCAAAUGGUGUGAAAAGGCGUGGGUUUCU